AUGUCUUCGGGGGGUCAGCGCAUCGAGUCGAGUUUAGAAUCUGGAUCUAGAUCCGAACAGGAAGUUUCUGGGAGUGCGAGCUCUUCUCCUGAGGUGUCUUCGAGGUCUGAUAGUCAAUCAGAUCGAGGAGAGUCUCCAUUGCUGGAGUUGGCGGAUCGAUUUUGUUCUGAUGGGGCAUCUCCGCGAGGCGAAUCUACGGAUCUUCAAAUAGUUCCUCUUGUGGAGCAUGAUGGCGAGCCUACUGAGCACGCCGAAGAAGAGGUUGGUGAAGGGGGCGAGGAGGAGGAUGAACAGGGCGAGGAAGAGGAACAAGGCGAGGAAGAAGAACAAGGCGAGGAAGCCAGACCUCGACGAAAAGGUUCCAAGCGCAAGGGAGCCAUCAAGAAUCGACUAGUUAACAUUCCGUCUCAGAUGACGGCUCAACGCCUCGAGGAAUUUCGGUUACGAUACAGUUUUCGAGGUGAGCUGAGGGCGCCAGGACCCGAGGAUCGACCAUGGCGGGCUCCGGAGGGCUGGGUUACGCUUUACGAGGCGUGGUUCAGUCUCUGUCAUCUUUGGGUGCCUUUGCCGAGGCUGUUGACCGAUUAUGUUGAUCGGAGAUGCAUUGCUUUCUCACAGAUCCUUCCUACGGGGAUCCGGUUUAUGGUCGCGGCUCUUUUGUUCGGGAGCGAGGUCGGGGUCGAUGUCGACUGGCGCUUCUUCGAGGAGAUGACUACCGUUCAGAAGAAUAAUUCGAUCCCAGGCACGUAUACGAUAAAGGCCAGGAAAGAUUGUUCCCUGGUUUACCCUGUCAACAGGAUGCCGAGCUGGGAGGCGUCCUUCUUUUAUGCAAAGGUGGAUGAGGCGCUGGUAGUUGAUACGACCAGAGACUUUAGGAUCGAGUGGAGCAGUAGCAUCGAGCGAAACGUCCAGCUCGAAGCUUUCCCGGAGAAAUUUCACGUGAAUAUUCAGAAGAUCAGGGCCGUUGGGAUACAGCAUUGGCCUGAUAUACAUCGUCGAAGAGUCGAGGCAGCCAUUACCCGUAUCACAAACGCUAGCUGGAGAAGGGAAAACCUUCUAAGGGAGAGGGCGAUUGAGAUGUCUCCGAUUCAAGUGAAUGCGCCUAGUCUCGCUGCGCGGAUCAGAGCUAGUCGUGGGAGCGGGGGAAAUAAAAAUCAGCAAUCCUCUGCUCAGUCAGGUCGCUCGACCCAAACGAUGGUACGUCGAGGGGCUGACGAGGUAGAGGCUCAGCAAGGCGGCGAUCUUGUCCAGGACCACGCUCAGACAAAUGAGCCCGAAGUGGCGGUUCAAGAGGAAAGUCAGCCGGUCGCCGAGGAAGCCGAUGAAACUGAGAGGCGUGCUAGGAGGGAGGCGAAGAAGUUGAGAAGAAAAGAGAAGAAGAAAAAGGAAAAGGAAGAGGUCGAGACCGCACGGCUUGCUGAGGAGGCAAGACAAGUCGAGGUCAACGAAGCGGCGGCAACGGAGGGAACGAGGAAGAGAUCCUCUGAUGAGGUGUGUGUAGGUGGUGAUCGCGAGGAGCCUGUUAAGAGGAAGGUCGGUCCCUCUGGCGACGAUAAGGUUCCCGAGGUCGAUUGGAGCUUCAAAUUUGAAUACCCCGAAUCUGGGGCACCCUUCGUCAACAACGCCGACAAAUGUGCCGAUCUCUUCGGCUUGAUAAGGGGAUCGACUUCCGAGGUUCCUGCUGGCGACGACGCGAUUUUCAAGGACAUGGCGGGCUUUGCCUUUAAGUUCAUCGCGAGCUGCAACCGCGCGCGAGGUCGAUAUCAUCGUACGAUUCGAGCUGCUGCUACGAAGCUUCGUAACGCUCAGUCCGCUGGACAAAGAGCCGUGGAAGAGCGGGAUGCCGCGAUUGCUCGGCGAAAGUUGGCUGAAGAGAAGUGGCAGGUCGAAAAAAGACGCGCUGUGCAGUUGGAAGAAGGUGUGAAGACGUUGACCGAUAAGAUCGAGGAGCUGAAGUUGGAGAAUCAGGAUCUGAUCAGCAAUCUUCAAACAGUCAACGAGGCGAAGAUUCAGGCUGAGAAGUCGGUUGCGUCUGAAGUAGCUCGCGCGUCAAGCGACAUGACGAGGAGAAGAUAG